AUGAACGUCGGCAUUGUCAAAGACGAGUGCACCAAGACUGGAUCGCAGCUCGAGGAGGCUGUGAAGAACACCAAGAUUGACCACCAUGAAUAUGCCCGCAUUUUGGCCGAAUUCAAUUUGACUCCAGAGGAACAGCACCGUAUCAUUCGCAAGGUUGAUCGCCGAGUAGUGGUUACCCUCGGCGUCCUCUUCUGUGUCAGCCUCAUUGAUCGGGUCAACUUAGGAUCGGCCAACAUCGCUGGCAUGGGCCAGGAUCUGGAGUUGACAGGAGAUCGAUACGCCAUCGUUACACUCGUGUUUUUUAUUACGUACACGCUGGGACAACAGCCAUCGACGAUCAUUUUGCGAGAAAUAGGCCCCCGCAAGUUCAUCACGAUGAUUGUGAUCCUUUGGGGAGCAGUCACUCUCGGAAUUGGCUUCACAACGCACUGGGAGCAGCUGGCCGGAAUCCGGGUCAUUCUGGGUCUCUUUGAGUCUGGCCUUUUCCCGGGCUCGGUUUACCUGCUCAGUACCUGGUACACCAGAUACGAGGUAGGGGUAAGGUACUCUGUCUUCUAUACAGUAGGCACUGUGGCGUCUGCCUUUUCGGGUAUUCUCGCGUACGGCCUCACUCAGAUGAAUGGCCUCGCGAACCUGGCCGGCUGGCGGUGGAUCUUCAUCAUCGAGGGCCUGGCCACGUGCUUGUUGGGCUCUGUGGCAUACCUGCUGCUUGUCGAAUUCCCCGAAUCAAAGACCGACUCAUGGAGCUUCUUGGACCAGCGGUCGCGGGACUGGAUUAUGGCGCGAGUGAACGCAGACCGUGGUGAUGCUGUUGCCCAGCCAUUCCACUUACGCAAGUUCUUCUCCCCGGCCUCGGACUGGAAGAUCUGGGCUACUGGCAUUCUACUCUGCAACCUCACGACCUUGAAUUAUGCCCUAGCCUUCUUCCUCCCCAUCAUUUUAACAACAAACAUGGGAUUCAGCGUCGCUGCCGCGCAGUGUCUCACUGCCCCACCAUACAUCGCCGCCGCCUUCUUGAUGUAUGGCUCCGCCCAUUACAGCGACAAGCUUCGGCUGCGCGCACCCUUCCUUAUCCUCAACAUGCUCAUUGCACUCGUCGGGCUUCCUAUCAUGGGUUUUGCAAGCAGCGCUGCGGUCCGAUACUUUGGCGUCUUUCUCGUCACUAUGGGAACCUUGUCAACGACCCCGCUGGUGUUUGCCUACCAGGCUAACAAUAUCCGCGGCCACUGGAAACGAGCUUUCUGCAGUAGCACUACGCUCGCAUUUGGAGGCAUCGGCGGCAUCAUCGGUGGGGUCGUUUUUAGACCCCAAGAUGCGCCAUACUUCCGGACCGGCUUGAUCAUCUGCAUGGCUCUCCUUGGCUUGAACUUGAUCAUAGUUGUCUGCCUGACUGCCGCCUACCGGACCCUUAACGGAAAAGCCGACCGCGGGGACAUGAUGCUCGAGAAUUACGAUGGCGAGUCUCCACCUGAUUUCCGCUACACGUACUAA